UUGCCCCGUGUCCCUGUCCCUGUCCCUUUCCCUGGCCACUGCCCCAGGGCAAGGAUGUAACCUAGGGCAAGCUUUCUUUUCCUUUUGCCUUUUCCUCAGCUCUUCCUGCCUCCCUCUGCUGGUCCUGCUAUUCCCCCAGGGCAAAUUAAACAAGGAUAAGGGGUUAUUGUGUAGUGGGUCUAGAGAGGUGGGCAGACUUUGCGACAGUCCUGGGACAGUCUGCCUCCUGGAGCCUCAGUUUCCUCAUCUCUAAAAUGGAGGUAAUAGUACCUGCCUUCUGGGGGAGGGUCAAGAGGAUUAAGUGAAAUAAUGCAUAGAAGGCCUUUACGACCUGCCUAGCAGGUAUCAAGCAUUCAGUAAAUGGUGGUUAUUAGUGACGAUGAUGAUGGACUUUCCCAAGUAAGGGGGGAAGGCUAAGGAGUGUGGUGGGACGUGAGAGUGAUCCCCUUUUACAAUUGCUGAGGCUAGUGUGGGGGUGGCUGGACAUGUGGAAGUGGCUGAAUGUCGGGACCGCCCACGUCAGAGGUGUUCCUUCCCAGAACCAGCUCUUGAGACCAGUGGUGGCAGAGUCUCAUCAGCUGACAUAGCAGAGGCUGUGUGUGAGGGGCAGGCUGCUUCCAGGGGUGUGGAAGGAUUCUCAAAGACAAUGGAGGAGCAGGAAGUUUGUGUGUCCAUUGGUUGAAAGAGCAGAAGAGGACUGGGAAGAACUUGAGGGGAUGACAGUUUUGAACUUCCUGAGAGACCAUUUCAACUAAGUCCUCUCCAUGUAUGUUUUUUAAAAGAAAUAUUUCACAUUCUCGUCCAAAGUAUAGUUUUUACAAACAAAAACAAAAUAGGUAUUGUUAAAAUAAAUAUUAAUGGUGUUGAAGAAAACUAUCCAGCUUAUAUAUGCCUUGCCUUUUAAAUUAAAAUAAUAGCAAUGUAAAUGUCUAGUUUGGGGAUGGUUUUUUGCUCAAUAUAAUGUGACAGAAAGACCUGUGAUUCAUCUGCUGAAUUAAAGAAUACUGAUUCUGAUGUAUUUAGUGAGUGGAAUAAUCAAAUUGAUUAUUGUUUUUUGAAGCAGCUGCAAACUUAGUCUAAAUGAAAAACUAAUGUAAAUUACUUCUCUGCAUUAUCAAAAAUGAAUUCCAUUCCCAUGUCCCUCUGAUUUGGGAGGAAUCUAUGGUAAGCCUGUAUCAAACUGCAAGACUGGGACUCUUAUUCAUCAUUGAAUUCCCUUUGGUUUUGUGCAUGCAGAAGAUUGAAAUUGAAUGAAUAUUUCCUAUAAAUGUAGAAAAAUAAUUUAAAUUCCCAGUCAGUAUGCCAUUUAGUAAUUGCAAUUAAAUCUAAUACUUGCAGCACAUAUGACAAAGGUUAAUUUCCUUAAUUUGCAAAGAGCUCUGACAAUUCGAUAAUAAAGGCAAAUAUGGGCAAAGGAUGUGAAAAGGCAGCUCAAAGACAAACUUAAGACAAGUCGCAUUAAACUUGAGAAAAGAUGAUCAGUCUCACUGAUAAUUAAAUAAAUGCACAUCAAAACAGUGAGAUACUAUUUUUAACCUCUCAGUUUGGCAAAAAUGAGAAAGUUACCAUUAUUGGCAGUUAUGGGGGAACAGACACUUCCGUGUGCUGUUGGUGAAAGGAUAGUUGGUGCUGCCUUUUGGGAGAAAAUUUCACGUUAUUGAUCAAAAUGAAAAACUAACCCAGCAGUUCCCUGCUGGCGGGAAGUACUGUGGCUAUUUACAUUGUUUCCUUCUUUUGGGAUCAAUUGGGGACUAGUUAAGUACAUUGUGACAUAGCCAUCCAUGGGAUACCGUGAAGUCGGAAAAGAUAGUGAAGUAGAUGAGUUUGUGGUGCUAUGGAAAGAUUUUAAGGUAAAUACGUUUCUAAAAAGCAGGGUACAGAACAGUUUAUGCUGAUACAUGUUUACAGUUUUCUCUGAGAGAACACUGAAAAACUCUUACCAGUGAUUAUCUUUGGGAAGAGGAACUGGGGAGGAGUUUUGCUGUUCGUUUUAUAUUUUUCUGUACCAUAAUUUGAAGUUCGACUAUAUGCAUACAUUUUAUUUUAAAGAUAAAAUUAAUUAAACAUUAAUCUAACUUAGGUGUAGGCCCACUGACAUUCCACGCAGAGGAGAAAUGAAGACCUACAAGCAACCAAUUACGCUUCAUGUCAGUAGAAAUGGACAGCAGCAGUUUUAUUCAGUUUGAUGUGCCCGAGUACAGCAGCACCGUUCUGAGCCAGCUAAACGAACUCCGCCUGCAAGGGAAACUAUGUGACAUCAUUGUCCACAUUCAGGGUCAGCCAUUCCGAGCCCACAAAGCUGUCCUCGCUGCCAGCUCCCCAUAUUUCCGGGACCAUUCAGCAUUAAGUACCAUGAGUGGCUUGUCAAUAUCGGUGAUUAAAAAUCCCAAUGUAUUUGAACAGUUGCUUUCAUUUUGUUACACUGGAAGAAUGUCCUUGCAGCUGAAGGAUGUUGUCAGUUUUCUGACUGCAGCUAGCUUUCUUCAGAUGCAGUGUGUCAUUGACAAGUGCACGCAGAUCCUAGAGAGCAUCCAUUCGAAAAUCAGUGUUGGAGAUGUUGACUCUGUUACCGUCGGUGCUGAAGAGACUCCAGAGAGUCGUAACGGAGUUAAAGACAGCAGCUUCUUUGCCAACCCAGUGGAGAUCUCCCCUCCAUAUUGCUCUCAGGUACGGCAGCCCACCACAAGCAGUGAUCUGCGGAUGGAGACAACGCCCAGCAAAGCUUUGCGUAGCCGCUUACAGGAGGAGGGGCACUCGGACCGAGGGAGCAGUGGGAGCGUUUCUGAGUACGAGAUUCAGAUAGAGGGGGACCACGAGCAAGGGGACCUGUUGGUGAGGGAGAGCCAGAUCACUGAGGUGAAAGUGAAGAUGGAGAAGUCCGACCGGCCGAGCUGUUCCGACAGCUCGUCCCUGGGAGACGAUGGGUACCACACCGAGAUGGUUGACGGGGAACAAGUGGUGGCAGUGAAUGUGGGUUCCUAUGGUUCUGUGCUCCAGCACACAUAUUCCUAUUCCCAAGCAGCCUCACAGCCAACCAGCGUAUCAGAAGCUUUUGGAAGUUUGAGUAAUUCUAGCCCAUCCAGAUCCAUGCUGAGCUGUUUCCGAGGAGGGCGUGCCCGCCAAAAGCGGGCUUUGUCUGUCCAUCUGCACAGUGAUCUACAGGGCUUGGUGCAGGGUUCUGACAGCGAAGCUAUGAUGAAUAACCCCGGGUAUGAGAGCAGUCCCCGGGAGAGGAGUGCAAGAGGUCAUUGGUACCCGUACAAUGAGAGGUUGAUCUGUAUUUAUUGUGGAAAGUCCUUCAACCAGAAAGGAAGCCUUGACAGGCACAUGCGACUCCAUAUGGGAAUCACCCCCUUUGUGUGCAAGUUCUGUGGAAAGAAGUACACACGGAAGGACCAACUGGAGUACCACAUCCGGGGCCACACUGAUGAUAAACCAUUCCGCUGUGAGAUCUGCGGGAAGUGCUUUCCAUUCCAGGGAACCCUCAACCAGCACCUGCGGAAAAACCACCCCGGCGUGGCCGAAGUCAGGAGUCGCAUGGAGUCCCCUGAGAGAACAGAUGUGUACGUGGAACAGAAACUAGAACAUGAUGCAUCGGCCUCAGAGAUGGCCCUAGAUUCCCGGAUGGAAAUUCACACAGUGUCUGAUGCUCCUGAUUAAGCUGGUAAAGAAGUGCACCCAAACAAAGCACAUUAAUCAAUGCAUAUUUGUGAUUUGCUUUGUUGUAAUCUUUGGUUUUCCCAACCAUCUGGAAAUCUCUUGGUCUCUUGGCAGUUUUUCUAAGGUUUCUGGAAGGAACACUUCAUUGUGUUUAUCCUUUCCACCGUCCUCCCUCCCCACCCCAAGGAGCUCAAAGCAUGAAGGGCAACGUAUCCAGGGAAAACACAAGCUGACAGUAUUCCUCUUUGGCUGAACUCGUAAUCCAAAAUCUGCCAGUGAUUUAGCUAUGCCAACUGGUUGACCCUCCAUUCUCUGCCAAGAGGCAUACUCUCUCAUUGUGUGCACUGGCACCAGUGCAUUUCCAUGAAGAGAGGCUAGGAUGCCGUCAGCUGAUACAAAUGGGUAACUUUUUCUAAUUUAAAAAUACUUUUAGGGGGUAGUUAGACAAUUUAUAUAUAUAUAUAAUAAAGUGAUUAUUAUAUAUAUAGUAUAUAUACAUUCUCAAAUUUGAUUUUAUUCUGGUUGAGGUGAAUGUAAGAGGAAUAUAUAAUUUAAUACAAUGUGAACAGGGCUUUUGACUCUGUCUCGUCCCUACCUAAUAUGUUAGGGUUUUGCCCCUUUAUUUCCCUUACAAAAGAAUGUUAAUAGGUUUUCAUAUAUAUUAAUCAUUGUGUCCAAAAGCAAGCAAAGCAAAUCACAGUGUUCGUAGCUCUGCUUCAUAACAAAUACAUAAACCAAAUGCCAUAAAAUGUAUUCAACUCUAGUUGGAAACCGUUUGGGAUUUUUGUUAGUUGUCCAGUAGGUAAGCUGGAUGACCCGUGGUGCUGACGUUUUUACACAUUGUAGUGUUAUAUUAGCCAACCCCAAAGGAGCAGUGGUUUUCAAUGUUCUUACUGGCCUACGAAUCUACCUUCAUUCCGUACUGUAGAAGCAUACACACCAGGUAACUAAAUCGAAUCACUCUCUACCACAAGUUAGUACUCGCACUAAAGGAAAGGGAUUUGUAGUUCUGUCUACAAAAUUCUCCAAGCAGUGUUGUGGUUUUUUUUCUUUCUCUUUUCAAACAGCCAGUUCAGGUGCACAGCAACUUUUUCUACAUGCAGUUCCCAGGGAAACUGCAGAACUUGGAAUUUGUACUUUUUGUAAAGAUAUACUCUAUGGGAAUUGCAAGCAAUAUAUCUAUCUUAGUAUUGUGUGUGCUAACGAGAGCCUCCGUGGCUCCCCCACUCUCAGUGUUUCCUGCUUAAAGAAACCAACAGUUAAAAAGCCCUCUAAGAUACUCUGUGUUUCACCAAAUCUGUGUGUGUCACCAUCUUUUUGGUCACGUGGUGCUAUUUUUAUGUUAUAUAUCUUUUAGGUCAGUAUAGUUGUAGAAAAUGUGAAAUCUAAUGGUAAUAGUGAAUUACAGUUUUUUUCCUCUCCUGAGUUUAUAGCUUGAAAAGAGACCUCAAAAGCAUGUGCUGGCAAACACGUUACUGUAUAAAAACAUACCUGAGUCCUAUUUGAAUAAUGUUUUAUUAGUCCUUCAGGAGAUGUCUUCAGUUCUAUAUUUUGUUCACCCAUGUGCUUCUAGUAUACAAAAUGGGCUUUACAAGAUUGCUUUGGUACUGUAUACUCUGGCAGAGAGUCAUUUUGUAAGUAAUGUGGUGGUGAGUUUGUGCUGCAGGUAGGGUGUCAGCAUUCCUGACCCUCUGCCUGAGAACCUGGGCUCUGCAACUCACAACCAGUGCGUCUCUGCAGGAGAGCAGCACAAACUGCCUGGGAGAAAAACCGAAAUGAAAAGACCAACCUCAGAGGCUAGGAGUUAAAGAAAUACAAAAAUAGACGUUUGCUGGUUUUCCAUGCUUUUUUGGCUCUUAAAAUACCAAGAAUGGUGGGGUUUGGGGGUUUUUUUUUUGUUUUUUGAGGGGGGAGGGUUGAGGAAAAAAAAUCCUUCAGGCCCUUGUGUGUGAUGCCCCCUGGGGUGGCGGCUGUGCAGUAGCAUCUCUUGAGCACACAGCUCCGUUGGCAUGUGAACUGCUGCACUCCGUACACAUCAGUGUUACUACGCACAGAUUACACUCGCGUCCUGCUGCUCCCGAGGAGCAGCUUUGGCUGAAUCGGGUAUAUAGUAUGCCUUUUCCUGUCAAACUGCCUAAGUAAGGGGUUUACUCUCUCCCUGAAGCACUUGUUCAACUCUUGUCAAAGCCGUGUGCCUCAAGGGGAGGCUGGACCCCAAGUGUUUACCCACUUAAAUAUGUUCUGGGGUUUCAGGUAAAUGUGAUUUUUUUUUUUCCUUACGUGACAAAGUUUGGUUUUGAUUUUCUUUUUUUUAAAGAAUUAAAUGCAAAAAAUUUGUGUUGUGAUACCAAUUAAGUUUGUGACAAACGCCCAAAUCAAGGACAUGAGGGGUCAGGCUCAGGGAAGGAACCUCCUUUUCCCUCAGGCUCGGGGCCUUCUGAGAGGCCUCCAGAGCGUUCUGUGAUGUAUGAGACGAGUUAGAAGGGGAGAGCGCUGGGAGCAAGCACCUUGACUGUCCUGGUUCUUGGCACCGUCUCAGUCUUAACCUUAUUUUCAUGGAGUUCUUUGUCUUUGUGAAUUCGUUUAACUGGUUUGAGUUUACCAAAGAGUGACUUAUCCAAAUUGUCUUUGACAAAAAUAUACAUUGCUUUGAUUGUACAGUUCAGGUUCAAACAUUGUAAUGGGACUGUUAAGGGGCAGAAAAUUGAUCGAGUUUUUCUCUAAUAAUCAUGAUUCCACAUUUUGCAAGUUCCACUUGCUCCCAUUCAUGUUGCUAACACUUUACCCUUUCCACUGCUAGCAGUGUUAGGAAUGAAUUCUCAAGCCAUAACACGGUACUGUAAGGUUCCACAGGGCUUCGAGGGAGGCAGCGCAGGCCAGCACAGAGCUGUGCAGCCUCUCUGAGCGUGCGUCCUGUCAUGCUUCUCAGUGUGCAUGGCGGCAAAAGAUCAACCCAUUCAGAUCGGGCAGCAGCAAUUAAUUGUGCCUUGUCACAUGAGGAUGUGCCAGGAGGAUUAACAUGACCACAGAACAGAAACAUUCUCUCCCCGAAGUUCACUUCACGUCUGCACAGACGAAGUACGCUGUGUAACUCUUUAGAGCAACUCUUUUUGGAAAGCAAAGUCCCUAUUUCUGUACAGGUUUAGGUUAGAUGUUUCAUUUAUAACAAAUGCAAAAAUUGAUUAAGAUAAAAGGGAUAUGUGAAGAAAUCUUUUACAGUAAAAUAUAUCCUGAAUUCAGAGAGGUUUGUUCAUAAUUGAGUCUCUUCUCGAGCUACCUUUUCAAUACGUAGACAAUGUGAAGACAGUGACAGCUUCCUUUUCUAUAGGUGUCUAACCUGUUAUUACAAACUGUGAAAACAAAGAAUUUUAUACUUUUCCUAAUGUUUGUGGUUUUAAACAGUUAUUUUCAUUCUUAUCAGUUCUCUACCCUCUAAUUUCUACUAAAGCUGUAAAUACAUUUAGAAAUUAUAUUUGUAAAUACAGUAUAUGAAGACAAGUUCAUUUUUUGAUCAGUGGAAAGCCUCUAAUUGGCUCUGCCUCGGCAGUUUUGUGUUUUUGUUUGUUUUUUUAACAGCAGAAAGGAUACUGUCGGUUCACUGUUAAGCAGAAUAUACUGUAGAACUAAAUUGAUAAUUUUCCACUUUCCAGAGCAUGAGUAGAUGUCUUUUCUAAUGAUAGCAGUUAUAACCAAGUCUUUGUUUUUCCCUUAGCCCGGACCAUAGGCCUGCAUACUUUUGUGUGUGGUUUUGUUUUUAUUUUUGUUUUUACAGCCUAGACUCUAGGAAGAAUUUGCAGGAACACAAAACGAGGGCUGGGGGGAAAUCAUCUGUGUGAAUGAGCUUUACUUUAAAGAAAUUAAUGUAUUUUAUUUUAACAACUUUUUCUAUUAGUUACUGUGAUUUUGUUGUUGUUGUUGUCGUUAUUGUUAAAUUCUGUAAUGGUUUCCUGUGAAGCCUCCACUGAAAGGGACUCAAAUAUGCAACACCUAAACUAUUUUCCAAGGGCACAUGCCCCUUGAAUGGUGCUUCUAGACUGGUCAGGGUUAUUUAUUAAAUUUUAUAUAUGAAAGUAUUGGGGAAUUAUGUAAAUUCUUUAUAUGAAACUAGUUCAUAAAUCAUAGAUUUCAUAUUACUCAGUGCAACUGAACUAAAAGUUCAGAAGAGUCAUUCACAUUGUUCCAAAUUUGUAAUGGUUGUCACGCACCGCAUCCAUCUUUUUCAGUAAGUGCCAGAGUGUUUCCACUGUUGCUGCCCAGUGCUUGACUUCUCGGCCCGGAAGAGAACCUGUUUUCUCUGGUUCCCCUCUGGGUCUGGCACAGACAGGGCUGUUGUCGUUCUUGGUCAAGGCCUGGAGCAAGCCUUGCAGCAGAUUCAGUAAACAGACCUCUUGCUCCCCCUCAGUGACAAGUAUGCUGUGAAUUCAACCUUUGGACUUGCUGCCCAAGCCUUUGGUUGCUGCCCUGACUCUAGUAAGAGGUAAACUUACCUGGUUUCUUUGAGAAUGACUAUUUUCCUAAUGUGAAAACAUCUCUCUCACCACUUUUAUUAGUAGGGCUAACAUUUUUUUCCGUUAUAAAUGGUUGAGCAAUUUGAAUGACUUAACACAGUGUCAUUAUCUUGCAAUAUAAACUGGUAACCUCACAACUCCACACUUCAUCACCAUAUGAAGUAAAUGAAGCUAGCUAAGCGGAUGCUGCAUCAACUAGUAACUCGCCAUUAAGGAUUAUUUUAUAGCAUGAAUUUAAGACUAUUUAUUCAAAUGAUAUUUUACUCUUGUAUUCAUUUUGUUUUAGAUUUGUGACAUGAAUAUUUCAGUGCUGCUUAAUUUUGUUCUGAAUUCUUGUUUCUUGCUUGUAAAUGGCUUUUUUAUGGUAUAAAUAAAGUCAAUGGAAAUUGCUGUUUGUAAAUAAAAAUGCUGCUAGAGCAAC